GGAAGCGGACUGGAUAUUUUCUUGAAGCAAGCCAACGUUAUCCCAAGCCCGGUCAGCAAGCUCUUCGGGAUAUCUGAUCUUGUGUCAGUAACUGUGCUAUCUAGCAAUUCUUCGGGUUCGCAUUUACAGUGUCCGCAUCGCCUGGACAACCUUCUGGGUGAAUGGUGGACAUUGCAGUGUCUGGUCCAUCGUGAAAGGUCUGGUAAAAAUUGCUGGUCGAAUCACCCGGGUUGCUGGAAUUAGUCUUGGGGCUCUGAUGGCAGAAAAGACGGAUUUCAUCUGGACCUUUGCAGGUUUGACGGCCCUGUUCAAGCUGGCGCAGGAGCACUGGAACUGCUGGUGUCAAUGCACGUCGAAGUUCAACUCGCCAAGACCUGGAUGCAGAGGACCUAUAAACAUCCACUGUUUCGGCAACUUUCUGCCAUCUCAGACGACAGUCACAAACCACAUGCACACUCAACGAUGGCUCAGAUGUCGAUAACAGAAGACGCCAUAAAAGCAGCGCUGACCGAGCGGCUCAAGGCGACUCAUGUAGAAGUGCAAGAUAUGUCUGGAGGCUGCGGCCAGUCAUUUACAGCCCUCAUAGUCUCGCCCGAGUUUGCAGGCAAAAACUCGCUCAAGCGGCACCGGCUGGUGAACGGAGCUCUGAAGGACGAAAUCUCGUCCAUACAUGCGUGGAGCGCAAAAUGCAUGACGCCAGAGGAGUGGAAUAACGAGAAGGCUGCCACAGGAGGGCAUGAAGGGCCUCCGUUGGAUGGCACAGAGGGUGGCAGAGUGGAGGGUGUAAAGGAAUGAUGGUUAGGGGAAUUAGGUGCUGUAUUUCAUUCUCAGCCGCUGGUGUGUGCAACCGCCGUGAAACCAGUCCACUGAUAUCGUCUUCCUACUGCAGUGAACUGUUCUAGUAAUAAACUGAAUUAUCAAGAACAUCCCGUCUGGAAGUCAGACUUCCAUGGCAAGGCUGCGC